UCCUACACUCUGGAGGAUUUAAAAUUAACCAAGCAAGAAAGAAACAAAGUAAAAUAAAACAAUGGGCGAUGGCGAUGAACUACAUGAAGAAGAACGCUUUGAUGUCCUCACUAAAACCGGUCUGAAAACUGGUAUUUCUAAACCCAGAAGCGCCGUUCACAGAGAUGGGGAUUAUCACCGAGCUGUUCAUGUAUGGAUUUUUGCUGAAAGUACACAACAACUUCUUCUGCAAAAACGUGCUGAUCACAAGGAUUCAUGGCCUGGAUUAUGGGAUAUCUCUAGUGCAGGUCAUGUAUCUGCUGGAGAUGCGUCCCUUAUCACAGCCAGGAGGGAGCUUUUAGAAGAGCUUGGUGUUAACCUCCCGAAUGAUGCCUUUGAAUUGCUAUUUGUUUUCCUGCAAGAAUGUGUUACAAAUGGUGGGAAGUUCAUUGAUAAUGAAUUUGAUGAUGUUUAUCUUGUAACAACAUUAGCCCCAAUUCCAUUGGAAGCUUUUACUUUACAGGAAUCUGAAGUUUCAGCUGUUAAAUAUAUCUCUAUUGAGGAGUACAAGAGCCUACUUGUUAAAGGAGACCCUGAAUAUGUACCUUACAAUUUGGAGGGACAAUAUGGUCAACUUUUUGACAUAAUUUGCAAAAGGUACCAAAACAACAUGGAAGCACGAGGUUUGCUUCUGCAAAAGAAGCUCAACCGUUAUGCUCCUAUCUCACUUGAUGCAGAGUUGAUAGGUCUCUCCAAGGAGGACAAGGAAGCUUUGGUUUUACUCAUUCAAGCUGCAAGAAUAAUGGAUGAUAUUUUUUAUGAGCAGGUUUGGUCUAGCAAUUCGUCUUUAAGGGAAUGGUUAAAAGGGCAUGCUCAAGUAUCUGAGUUUGACAUGUUAAAAUGGAAGUAUUAUUCCAUAAAUAAGAGUCCAUGGUCUUGUCUUGAUGAAAAUGAAGCUUUUCUGACAACUGCAGACUCUGCUGUGAAAUUGCUUCCGGAAGCAACAAGGAAGGUGGCUGGUUGGAAAGGUCUAGAAUACAAAGCUGCAUUUCCCCUUGUGAAACCACCUGGUGCCAGCUUUUACCCUCCAGACAUGGAUAAAAUGGAAUUUGAAUUAUGGAAGAAAGGGCUUUCAGAUAAUGAAAAACAAGAUGUAACAGGCUUUUUCAAUGUUAUUAGAAGGCAUAGUGAUUCUCAUUCCAAAAAUAUAGCAGUUAUUAGUAAUCCUAAUCCCACAAGUGAUCUCUAUAUCAUUCCAUUCUCUCAAGAAUAUUCUGCCUUUCUUUCAAAAGCAGCUGAAUUAUUGCAUAAAGCAGGGGAUUUAACCACUUCACCUAGUUUGAAGAGAUUGUUACAUAGUAAGGCUGAUGCUUUUCUCUCAAAUGACUAUUAUGACUCUGAUAUAGCUUGGAUGGAAUUGGAUUCUAAGCUGGAUGUUACUAUUGGUCCAUAUGAGACUUAUGAAGAUGUACUAUUUGGAUACAAGGCGACAUUUGAGACAUUUAUUGGAAUUCGGGAUGAUAAAGCAACUGCUCAACUUAAACUCUUUGGGGAUAAUUUGCAGGUCUUGGAGCAAAAUCUUCCAAUGGACAACAUGUACAAAUCACAAGAUGUGAUAUCUGCACCUAUUCGUGUCAUCCAGCUUGUGUAUAAUUCAGGGGAUGUGAAGGGCCCACAAACUGUUGCCUUUAAUCUUCCGAAUGAUGAGCGUAUUGUAAAAGAUCGUGGUUCAUCAAUGGUCAUGUUGAAAAACAUUUCUGAGGCAAAGUUCAAGCUAAUUCUUCAGCCUAUAGCAGACUUGUGUAUUGUAAAGGAACAAAGGGAGCUAGUUGACUUUGACUCUUUUUUCACUCACACAAUUUGUCAUGAAUGCUGUCAUGGUAUUGGACCACAUACAAUAACACUUCCUAGUGGUCAAACGUCUACUGUGCGAUUGGAGCUACAAGAACUUCACUCGGCUCUUGAAGAAGCUAAAGCGGACAUUGUCGGCUUGUGGGCCCUUAAUUUCCUUAUUUCAAAGAAUUUACUUCCAAAGACCCUUGUAAAGUCCAUCUAUGUUUCUUUCCUUGCUGGCUGCUUUCGAUCAGUACGUUUCGGGUUAGAGGAAGCUCAUGGCAAAGGACAAGCACUACAGUUUAACUGGCUAUUUGAAAAAGGAGCCUUUGUUUUGCAUCCUGGGGAGACGUUCUCUGUUGACUUUGAUAAGAUUGAAGGUGCGGUUGAGGGGUUAAGUAGGGAAAUACUAACGAUCCAAGCCAAAGGAGACAAAGAUGCUGCUCGGAAGCUUCUAGAAGAAUACGGUGAAAUGACACAACCUCUCAACACUGCUUUGGGAAAAUUGGCAAGGGUUGAGGUCCCAGUUGAUAUAGCACCGGAUUUUCCAGUUGUUACAAAUUUACUGCACAAAAAGUGAUCAACUUUUGUAGUCUUUCUUGAUUUUGAAAUUACCUUUAAUUAGUUUAUUCUCAAGAAAUUGUUCGACUCCUAAUGUUUUCAA